AUGGCCUCUUCCCGGCUGAAGUACCUCUCUCUGGGCGUGCUGGUGUUCCAGACCACCUCCCUGGUGCUCACCAUGCGGUACUCCCGCACCCUGCAGGCCGAGGGCCCACGGUACCUGGCCUCCUCAGCUGUGGUGGUGGCCGAGGUGUUGAAGAUCCUCACCUGUGUGCUGCUCGUCUUCAAGGAGCACAAUUACAGCAUGCGAGCUCUGAACGCCAUCCUGCGUCAGGAAAUUGUGCACAAACCAAUAGAAACACUGAAACUGGCUAUUCCCUCUGGGAUCUACACGCUGCAGAACAACCUGCUGUACGUCGCCUUGUCAAACCUGGACGCAGCCACCUACCAGGUGACCUACCAGCUGAAGAUCCUGACCACGGCUCUGUUCUCGGUGUCCAUGCUGGGCCGCAGGCUGGGCGUCUACCAGUGGCUCUCAUUGCUGAUCCUAAUGGCCGGAGUGGCUUUCGUGCAGUGGCCCUCUGAGUCUGCAGCGCCCCCAGAGAAGGAGGCCGUCUCCACCAGCUCCCAGUUUGUCGGCGUGGCUUCGGUUCUGGUGGCGUGCUGCUCCAGUGGGUUCGCCGGUGUCUACUUUGAGAAGAUCUUAAAGGAGAGCAAACAGAGCGUGUGGGUGCGCAACAUUCAGCUAGGGAUGUUCGGCCUGGUGUUUGGCCUCAUUGGGAUGAUGGCCUACGAUGGAGAUAGUGUGAAGGAGUCGGGAAUGUUCCAGGGAUACAACACGGUCACCUGGGCAGUCGUAGCGCUGCAGGCGCUGGGUGGUCUGGUCGUAGCAGCGGUCAUCAAGUACGCGGACAACAUCCUCAAGGGCUUUGCUACAUCGCUCUCCAUCAUCCUGUCAACGCUUAUAUCGUACUUCUGGCUACAGGACUUCGACCCCACUGGCGUGUUCUUCCUGGGGGCCUUGUUGGUCAUCACAGCCACUUUCCUCUACGGCUACGAAGGCAAGCAAACCCCCAACCCCAGCAGGGCAUAGGACACUCGCGGCUGACACUACAGCAGCAGUAUGAGGUCCUGGGGAAGCGUCAAGACGUGGAGGGAAAAGGAGGACAGAGAGCUGGAGAAAAAGAAGGGCAAAGGUCUUUAUCAUAUAUUGUGAUCACACAGAGCGGAGGAAGAGAAGGAGGUAAGCUGGUUGGGAACAGAGGACGGGAAGAGUUGGGGAAAAGAAGGUGAAAAGCUAAAGCCAGCACAACGCAGUGAUUGGGCUCGCAUACCAAAAGUGCCUCAGCUGAGAAGGGUAGCCAAUGAGAAAAGAUAACUAGUAUUAUUUCUUAAAUCAUUGCUCCCAUGUUACGUUUUGUUCAUCUAUUUUUAGAAACUGUAGUCUUUUGACAGCGUAUACGGUGACAGGAUUACCGUUUGACUGGCCAGCUGUGUCUGGGUCAUCGGAGUGUAUGAAUAAAGAUGGAAUAAACUAAUCAGAAAUACUGCUCUGGGUUGUAACCGGGGUUAUUGUUUGAAGAUCUAAGUUUUUCAAGUGAAAAGAACUGACUGAUUUUCUUUCUGGUGACGAGUAUUUUGUACAAUUUGAAAUUAUGUUAAUCCUGGGUGUAAAUAAUCAGCACCAUUUAAAUUGUAAUCUGUCUUUUUGUUUAAUUUAUUAAUUAAUUAAUUGGGCUUUCACAUGACCUUUCAAAGCCACUGGCUGAUGAACACCCAGCUCCUUUAUGUCCUGUGCUCGUGUAACAAUAUAUCUGUAUGUUGUUGAUUGUGUGGCAAAGUGAUUUAAACUGAUUACAUCAGACAUGAGGCAUUCGUUACAAUGUUUUUCUGCUGGAAUGAUUUUUUUUUCUUGGGAUAAAGCGGGUAUAAUUAAUAACUUUAUUAUUUUAAUUACCAGUAUGUGAAUCUUUUAUAAAAAGAAACUGUUUCAUUUAACUUUUCUGACUGUUAUUGCGUUUGAAUUCAUUGUGUAUCGUCCCCUCAGCUCUACACUAAAACACACACAUUUAUACACCCCCCCCCCCCCUUCGCUCUCUGAUUGUAGGUGAAGUCUAAUUUAAUUCUUGCCAUGUCGUGUUAGAACUUCAAACUACAUGACAUGAAUAAAUUCACACUUUGAUAUUUUUGGCAUUUGUUUUAAUGAGUUUUAAAAACACUGCAUGCAAAAGCCAGACAGUCUGAGAGAAAGGACUGUAACACGGCAGAGUUUCAUGUCCUUCAUAUUACAACACUGUAAAACAACAUUACUUAGCCAUUUUAAACCAAUACCUGCAUUAGACUUCAGUCAAUACGCACAACAAGUACACAACCUAGCUCCCGUCCUCAGGCACAUCUGUUACUUUUAAAAGACACUUGAGGCCCUGAUACACACAGACAGCAGACUGUGUGACCUCAUGGUCAAGUAUAAAUGUAUUUUCGCUAACAUUUUUAUUCUAAUUGGG